AGGUCUGUGAGCCAACUAGCAAGGUCGCCCGGCAGCGGCCAACGCACGCACUUGGCGGAUGAACAGGAUCCGCAGGAUGUGCGAGAGGCUGCCACAUAAAUUACACUUUAAUUUUGGAGCAUUUUUGGCCACGGCUUAUAAAUCAACCGCGUUCCAGCAAACGCGACGACGACGACGACAGCUGGUUGGCUCACUCCGCCGGAUUCCCGCCGGCUACGGGAGGCUCCUGCUCCUGCGGGCUUUUCCUCGUGGAUGAAAGUACUUGGUCCCUUGGCUUCCCCUUCGAACCCAUCGCUGCUGAGAGGGCCAGGCCACUCGCAAUAUUGAAAUUUCAAUUUAAUUACAUAGAACGAGGGCCCGACCUCAGGCCCAUGUGCCCGCAAAAUGAGCUGUCGUUGUGGGUCAAAAAGAGUCAGCAGCACCACCCAAAUAGGCCAACAAAAACAGCUGGGUGGUGCAGGAGCCUGUUAGAUCUGCUCACUUGAACUGAACUGCUCGGCGGUUUGGCUUAAUUUGUUGAGAUAAUUGUGCCGAAAUUAUAUUAUUAUU